GACUGCUCUAUGGAUCAGCAGCACUGUCAUUUAUUUAAGCACCUUUGCUACUGGACACAUUACAUUACAGGCAUUUAGCAGACCCUCUUAUCCAGAGUGACUUACACAAGUUUUUACAUUGCAUUUAUACAACUGGAUAUAUACUGAAGCAAUGCAGUUUAUGUACCUUGCUCAAGGGUACAACAGCAGUGUCCUACCCAGGAAUCGAACCUGUGACCCUUAGAUUACAAGACUACCUCCUUGCCCAUUAUACUACACUGCCUCCAUCUUUAGCUACUGGACACCCUUACGCAGAGUGGCAUUUUCCAAUGAAAUAAGUUUAUUUCUACAUGUUUCAUUUCUAUGAAAUGCAUUUAUACAGCCUGACAUUUACUGAAGUACAGCAGAAGAGGAGUGACAGUGCCCGUCCCCAGGACUAGCCUCCAGAGACGCUGCUGCCCGUAAAGUGGGAAAAUAACGGGCACAUAACGGAUAUGCCUGUGCCCUCUACCCUCUGCCCAUCAGACAGGCCGGCUCACGCCCCAGCUGCGCCCCAGCCGACGCCCCGCUGGCCCCCAGCCCUGUGCCCACGCAGCCCCGGAAGAGAGAGGGAGCUGGAGCAACUGCUGCACACUUUCCUGAGCCACCGACAGGGGGCGACAGAGAGCAGCAAUCAGCAGCUGAUCAGUCAACUCAGUCUCAAGCGUUCCUCUGCAGACUGCCCCCGGUGUCAGGAGGAGUCACAAGUGAGCAGGCUCCCUGUCCUCCCAUUGGUUGCGUACAGCGACCAAUCGUACAUGUUCAGACCAAAGCUGGGUGUGCACUGCAGGAUUAUGGAGCGCGGAUUCGGCUGCAAAGUGUGUGGAAAGACCUUCAAGCGCUCCUCCACCCUCUCCACCCACCUGCUGAUCCACUCCAACACCCGCCCGUACCCCUGCCCGUACUGCGGCAAGAGGUUCCACCAGAAAUCCGACAUGAAGAAGCACACCUACAUACACACAGGUGAGAAGCCCCACGUGUGCCAGGUGUGCGGAAAGGCCUUCAGCCAGAGCUCCAACCUCAUCACGCACAGCCGCAAGCACAGCGGCAACCGACCCUUCGCCUGCGCCUGCUGCCACGCCAGCUUCCAGCGCAAAGUGGACCUGCGUUGCCACCAACAACUGCAUUGUGGGAACAGUAGUCUUUACGGCUCAGAGCUGCAACCUAAAGAACUGCACUGUGGGAACAGUAGUCUUUACAGCUCAGAGCUGAAACCUAAAGAACUGCACUGUGGGAACAGUAGUCUUUACAGCUCAGAGCUGCAACCUAAAGAACUGCACUGUGGGAACAGCAGCCUGUACAGCACAGAGCUGAAACCUAAAGAACUGCACUGUGGGAACAGUAGUCUUUACAGUGCAGAGCUGAAACCUAAAGAACUGCACUGUGGGAACAGCAGCCUGUACAGCACAGAGCUGUACCCUAAAGAACUGCACUGUGGGAACAGUAGUCUUUACAGCUCAGAGCUGAAACCUAAAGAACUGCACUGUGGGAACAGUAGUCUGUAAAGUUCAGAGCUGAACCUUAAAGAACUGCACUGUGGGAACAGCAGCCUGUACUGUACUCUGAACCCAAAUGUCAUACACACUCACAUACAGAAAUGUGUAUGUAUGAGUGGACACACAUACGCAUAUACAAGCAAACACAAAUAGAUAUGUGCAUAUGAAACACGCGCGCACACGCACACACGCACACACGCACACACGCACACACGCACACACGCACACACGCACACACGCACACACGCACACACACACACACCUGCACAUGCACACACACACACACACACACACAGUUACAGACGCUACAGACCGAGGUGUCAAUCAGGCCAGUACGUCCACACAGCACGCCACAUUUCAAUCACUGACCAAGACCCCCCAUCUUUACUGGAGCAAAAAAGAACAUUUACCUUCACAAAGCCUUCUAGUGACCAGCAGGGACACCUUUACACAGCGAUUCAUUCAGCCGCAGCCAGACUGCAGGUUGAGUAAAGUACUGUGGUUGCUAUACAAAUACUUACUAAAUAAAUACAGACACUUUAUAUUUGUAGAAUUUUCACCGUGAUCUCAGGAAUAUGUGAAUAUCUCAAUAACAGUUGGUAAUGUGGGUGCAUUCAAUUUUUAUAUUGUGCUUAUUGCUGCCGUUUUAUUAUUAUUUCAAAACAAUAAAAAAGUGAAUUU